AUGUUACUGAAGUUGGAGGAGAAAGCCAACCUGACACUGGCUGUGCGGACACUCCCCCUUCUACCCCAUGUCACCUUCAUCUGUCCUGGGAGAAUGUGCCAGGUGGCUGGCUGGGGAAGAACAGGUGUGAAGGAACCAGCCUCCAGCACUCUGCAAGAGGUGAAGCUGAGACUCAUGGAGCCCCGGGCCUGUAGCCACUUCCCUGCUUUUGACCACAAUCUCCAGCUGUGUGUGGGCAAUCCCCAGAGCACAAAAUCUGCUUUUAAGGGAGACUCAGGGGGCCCUCUUCUGUGUGCUGGGGUGGCCCAGGGCAUUGUCUCCUAUGGACUGUCCAAUGCAAAGCCCCCUGCCAUCUUCACCCGGAUCUCCCCUUACUGGCCCUGGAUCGAUGAGGUCCUGAAAGAGAAUUAACCUGGAACCUG